AGAAGCUCUUGCUUCGAGAACAAGUUUGUUACCUCCCAGGAAGAGUACUUCUGGUUCUUAAGCUUUGGUGAAUUUCUGUGCUGAGCAAAAAAAAAAAGGUAGUUUCACCCUGGAGCUGUGCAAGCAGCAGCAGAGGCAGGAAGAUGUAAUCACGGAUGUGGGUUCCAGCAAGCUGCUGCACAGGAGAACUGCGCUGGCGGCACAGCGCUCCAGGAUGAAUCCAGAAGAACAAACUGUAACGUGGCUGAUUUCCUUAGGAGUGUUAAAUUCCCCGAAGAAAACAGUAGAUGAUCCCGAAGAGUUCCUGAAAGCUGCUCUCAAAGAUGGAACUGUGCUUUGUAAACUCAUCAAUCGACUGCUUCCGGGAUCUGCUGAAAAGCACUGCCUGGAGCCUAAAAAUGAAGCCGAUUGCAUCAGUAAUAUUCAAGAGUUCCUGAAAGGCUGUGCGCUUCUUAAAGUGGAGGUGUUUGAUCCAUAUGAUUUGUACACCGGAGAGCAGUUCAUCAAGGUCCUGAGCACGUUAACAGCUCUAAGCAAAGCUACUGAAGAUCAGCCAUCCAAGGGGCCAUGUUCACAUCUAUCCUCUCUUAGCUCCGCGGCUGGAGGUGCCCACACGGACUCCAACGGCGCAGCUUCCCAGUCAGCGAGGGUGCUAAGGAGGCAAUCCAAGCCCGUGGAGAUGACCGAGAAUGGCAGCCAUCAGCUGGUGGUAAAGGCCAGGUUCAACUUUAAGCAGACCAAUGAGGACGAGCUCUCCGUUAACAAAGGAGACAUUAUUUAUGUCACCCGUGUUGAAGAAGGGGGCUGGUGGGAAGGGACCUUGAAUGGAAAAACAGGCUGGUUCCCAAGCAACUACGUCAGGGAAAUCAAAUCCACCGAUAAACCGCUCUCUCCCAAAGCGUUAAAAGGACUUGAAAGCACUCAGCUGACAAAGAAUUAUUACCCGGUGGUGUUGCAAAACAUUCUGGAAACAGAGCGAGAUUAUGCGAAGGAACUACAGUCACUUCUGGGAACUUACUUAAGACCCCUCCAGUCUUACGAUAAGCUCAGUGCUGGGGACAUUGCGUCGUUGCUGGGAAACAUGGAAGAAAUCUCUGCAUUCCAGCAGACACUGAACCAAGCCUUGGAAGAAGUUGCGAAGCUCCCCGAGAACCAGCAGCGUGUGGGAGGCUGUUUCAUGAACCUGAUGCCCCAGUUCCGCUCCCUGUACCUGACCUACUGUGCUAACCACCCCUCAGCAGUCAACGUGCUCACACAACACAGUGAUGAGCUGGAGAAGUUCAUGGAGAGCCAGGGUGCGGCCAACCCCGGCAUUCUCAUCCUGACCACGAGCCUCAGCAAACCCUUCCUGAGGCUGGAUAAAUACGUGACGCUGCUGCAGGAGCUGGAGCGGCACAUGGAGGAGGCGCAUGCAGAUCACGAAGAGGUUCUGAAAGCCCUCACAUCCUUCAAGUCCCUUGUGACACAGUGCCAGGAGCUGAGGAAGAGGAAACAACUCGAGCUGCAGAUCCUGUCCGAAUCCAUCCAGCGCUGGGAAGGAGAGGACAUAAAAACGAUGGGAAGCAUCAUCUACAUGUCCCAGGUUAUGGUGCAGUGCGGGGGAAGCGAGGAGAAAGAGGAGCGCUAUUUCUUGUUGUUUUCAAACGUUCUGCUGAUGCUGUCUGCAAGCCCACGGAUGAGUGGGUUCAUCUAUCAGGGAAGGCUGCCUUUGACGGGAAUGACACUGACAAAGCUGGAAGAUGCUGAAGGGAAUGAGCACAUGUUUGAAAUCACAGGGAACAUGACGGAGCGGAUCACUGUGUCCUGCAGCUCCAGCCAGGACCUGCACGAAUGGCUGGACCACUUGCAAAGGCUGACCAAGGGGACGUGCAACACCAUCUCCAAAACACAGUCCUGGAAUGCUCAUUCGGCAUUUAGUUCAGCCGGACAGACCCGUGGGCCUCUGGAACCCCCCAAAAUCCUCAAGCCCUGGAGCUUGAGCUGCCUCCGUCCUGCUCCUCCACUUAGACCCUCGGCAGCGCUGAGUUACAAAGAGAGGAUGUCUUAUAUCUUAAAGGAUUCCAGCAAAAGUCCCAAAACAAUGAAGAAGUUUCUUCCAAAAAGGAAAACAGAGAGAAAACCAUCAGAUGAAGAGUUUGUUAUCCGGAAAAGUACCGCUGCGCUGGAAGAAGAUGCUCAGAUCCUGAAGGUGAUCGAGGCAUACUGCACCGGGGCAGGUUUCCAGCAAGCUCUCAGCUCAGGCUCCCGUAAAGACUCCAUCCCCCAAGUCCUUCUUCCUGAGGAAGAGAAAAUCAUCAUAGAGGAAACACGAAGCAACGGCCAGACUGUCACGGAGGAAAAGAGCCUUGUUGACACGGUUUAUGCACUGAAAGAUGAAGUCAAAGAACUAAAGCAGGAGAACAAGAGGAUGAAACAGUGUUUGGAGGAAGAGCUGAAAUCCAGGAAGGACUUGGAGAAGCUGGUGAGGAGGCUGCUGAAGCAGACGGAUGAGUGCGGCAGGGAGGACACGGGGCGCAAGUCGUCCCUGAUCGCCUGAGCAAGGGGAGAAGCUGCUGGCAGUGGUGUGUGACCUCAGGUGAUUUUGGGAAGUGGAACUGGAUCCUUUGCCUCUUCUUGCUCCUUAUUUUGUUGGUUUGGGGAAUUUUGUUACCAAAAAAAAGAGUCCUAGAGAAAAAAAAUAUUCCAUAGUUUUCCUUCCACGCAGUAAGGAAAUAGAGCAGAAACAAUCACAGCUAAACCAGUAAGCAAGCGGUCCAUGAUUCACAAUUCAUCUGCAGCAACUAAUACCUCAUCGUACCUGCUACUGGGAGCAAAUACAAACUCUGCUAAAUGAUUGCUGCUCACAAAGGGUUUGGCAGCAGUUUCCUAAGAGGAAGCUUGAGCACUUUUUAAUGCUUUCAUUCUUAUCAAAAGCACCGGUACCUAUUUAUUGAAUGAAAACAUUAUUGAGGUGGCAUUGAGCAGAAACCAAAAAGCACCGUGCUCCUCUGUUCAGAUAAUCACAACUGGGGAAGCUCUUCCCAUCCACCUUCUUGUUCCCCAUUAGUUGACUGUAGCGAACUUAGAGCCCAGCAAUACUGUGGUUCCCGUGUGGCCUUGAUCCUGAUUCAAAUGUGCAAUUCUCAUGAAGACAUUGGAAUUCCUUGGGGAAGUGAGAGCUGGAGCACCUGUCAGAGCGCAUGGGAAAGGUGUGUUGCGCAGUGCUGCCUCCCGACAGCUCAUUAUUAGCACAACAGGUAACUGCUCUUCUGUCCCCCCAUCCCUUCCCUGAUGCAUGACCCACACCUCCUUCUGCCCUGCUUUGUUUCCAUAUUGAGUGUCCAGGUAUCGUAUCAGUUUAGAGUCUUGCUGUGCUUCCCCUCGCAGGACAGGCUUUUCUCUGUAUGAAAUAUAGACACUGCUUGACAACCAACACCACCCCCAAAUGUGCUGGUCCCCUGCUCCCUUCACCUUAGGCUCGCCGACGCUCCAUCCCAAAGGCUGGGAAUGUAGGCAAUGGCCACUUGUCCCCCCAUGGCCCCAAAGGGGCUUUCUGCUAGGGAAAAGGAACUUUCCCUUGGGAUAGGAAGGUUAUUUAUGCUUUGACAAGAGCUGGAAUGCUCCUGGGGCACGGAUGUGCGACACCCCUCAGAUUCCUGCACAGCUCCUCGAACGCAGCACACAGACAACAUGCAUAUGUAUCAGCUAUGUCCACCCUAUUUGGUGUUAUGCCCUCAGUUAGAACAACUUUUCCUUCCUUCCUUAGCAGCAUUAUAAAAGUAACCUUCUGUUAAUGAUAAGUCUUAUGUAUAUCACUGGGAUCACUGGGCAGCAUGGUUCCAGGGUGUGCAGACGCACCACAGCUCAUGAGUUCAUGGCUUACGUUGGUCAUGAAGGACAUAACAGAGGCAAUAAUUACAGCUCCCUCCUUGCAGUUAGAGUUGAGCCAGAAAUGGUGUUUGGGGAGAGCUACGCUCCAAAACAAGGAGCAGGAAAAGAACCCCUCUUAAAGCUGUUUUUAGGCCAGAACAGAGGUUCUUUUUUGCUCCAGAGCAUCCCUUCUGGAUGGCAGCUCUCCACAUCCCUACCCAGGCACACCGUGGACUGGGUUGGUUGGCAGUCAGGCCCUGCUGUGCUGGUUAAUCAUAUCCCAUGGUGCUGCACAUGGGAUGUGGCUGUUCCGGGAUGCCAUAUCCAGACCCCCUGGCACUGUCCUGUCCUCCUGCUUGCCCAGAGGUGGGAUGGGGACCAGGUUUAGGUGUGCAGCUCAUGGAAUGAAGCAAACCAAGGGCCAUUCACACUCCAAGGAGAGGGUAAAAAUGGUUCCUCGCUGCCCCCCGGUUGAGUUGAAACCUGUGCUGUGUACAUAUGCAUGUGUGUGAGGUGUAACGUGGUGGAGGGCACACUGGGACUGUUUGGAUCAAGCGUUUUGUCAAGAGCUAGAAGCCAAAAAAAACCAAGACAAGAAACUUAACUAAAAAGGAAAAGAAGCCAUGCCGGAUGGACAGCAAUGUUUCCAUAUUUACUUUGUUUACAGCGCUUUGUAAAUAGGUUCCAGUGAGUCUGUCUUUAGAUGGAUGUUGUGUCCGCUGCCUUCCAGUUUCUCUCUGUCAUGUAGGUUUAUUUACUGUAACUACUUAUGCAAGUUCAACUUUUCUAACAUGUUUUUAUUUUGAACAGUUUUUUAAUUGACAUUUUCAACAAAUAAAGAAGGACAAAAAAUCACUUCCUGGCUCU